AACUUCAUCCGGAGAUCCCAGCUGGUCUGCCACCAGAGGAUCCACACUGGGGAGAGGCCCUACGAGUGUGGGGAAUGUGGGAUGAGCUUCAGCCACAGCUCCAUCCUGAUUCGCCACCAGAGGAUCCACACUAAGGAACGGCCCUUCCAGUGUGAGCAAUGUGGGAAGUGCUUCAUCCAGAGCUCCCACUUGAUCCGCCACCAGCAUAGCCACACUGGGGAAAUGCCCUACAAGUGUAAGGAAUGUGGGAAGAGCUUCAACCAGAGGUCCAAACUUAGCAUCCACCAAAAGAUCCACACCGGGGAGAGGCCCUACCAGUGUGAGCAAUGUGGGAAGUGCUUCAUCCAGAGCUCCCACUUGAUCCGCCACCAGCAUAGCCACACUGGGGAAAUGCCAUACAAGUGUAAGGAAUGUGGGAAGAGCUUCAACCAGAGGUCCAAACUGAUCAUCCACCUAAAGAUCCACACCGGGGAGAGGCCCUACGAGUGUCCGAAAGUUUCAGAGAAGCUCCAGAAGGGCUUCAAGCACAACUCCAGCCUCAUCAUUCACCAGCGUAUCCACACUGGGGAAAUGCCCUACAAGUGUGCAGAAUGCAGGAAGGGCUUUCACCAAAGUUUCCAACUGAUCAUCCACCAAAUGAUCCACACCGGGGAGAGGCCCAAGAAGUGUGGGGAAUAUGGGAUGAGCUUCAGCAUAAAGUCCCACCUGAUCUGCCACCUGAGGAUCCAAACCAGGGAAUGGCCCUACACAUGUCUCGCUUGUGGGAAGAGCUUGUCCAGGAGCUCUCACUUUAGAAGAUGCCAACGGAGACACUGGUAA